CCACCAGCCUGUGCCACUGUGCCACACAGCGUGCCACCGUGUGACAACGAACUCAGUCAAAGACGUGGCCUCGUUCUCAAAGAGUGUUUCAUUUUACCUUUCAACUUCACAUUUUAAGCUCCUUCUGAGACUUCUGCCUUAAAAUUAAGCCCUCGUGAAGUAUUUAACAGCUCAGGUCCCAUUUAUUAACCCAAUACAAUGUCUACAAUGACUACAACUUCAUAAAAUGAAGACUGCGAUGACAGUUAACUCUGGGACCACAUAUUGUUACUGUGCUAUGAUUCAAACAACAGCUCCUCUUAGAACUUCAGAGGUGUCUCAAACACGGACAUGAGUACACAUGAGAUUGAAUUAGAGAGUCUCCUUAACGUCUGUGACACGUGCCCCUGGAAGACAGCAAAGCUCUCCGGAGAGGUUGUCUGGGCAGCAGAUGGGGGCCUCGGUGCCUCCCGGCAUGGAGUCCCAGUCACUGAGACAACGCCGGGCAACGGUGCCCAGCAGCUGCUCCCUGGCAGGGGCUCUCCCUCACCCGCUGAGGUGAUUCCCUGCGUCAGCAUGGAACCGGAACCCCAGAGCCGAGUGCGUCACACAAACGCGCUGUGUUCGGGGCCUGCAGGGUUGCCCUGCGUGCUGCCUGGUCCCCAGCCCGGGCGCGUCAUUCUCUGUGAGGUGACGCUGCGGUGUGAUGUCACAGUGGUACCUCGUACUCCCUUGUGGCAGCGGUGGGAGCGGUGGCUCAGUCCGCUUGUGGGACCCGCAGGAAGUGGAACCAGAGAGAGCGUUGCGUCUAUCUGGAGAUAUCCUGCUAUCAUGGAGCGGCUGAGAGCCCUUCGAGGUCUCUUUGCUUGUGUGGGCUGCAUGCCCAGGCGUACACGUCGCAGGGAGAGAAGCAGGGUGUCGAGCCCUGUCCCUGCCUGCGCCGUGACUUUGCUGCUGCAGCGCCUGCAAGAUCAGGAGGGUGACCGAGCGCAGGCGUACUGUGAGCUGGAGAGCGCCCUGUGGGAAGACAACAGCCGCCCGCCGUGCGGAGUGGUGAACCGGCUGCUGGCAGAGGUGUCCCAGGACCUGACGGCAGCCCAGGGCGUGACUGGCAAUAUGAAGACAGCUGCCAGCAAUGUCCUGGUGGCUCUGGCUCGGACGCACUUCACCUUGGUGAUGGCCGAGCUCCAGAGCCACCUGAAGGCCACGGGGGACAUGUGCAAGGAGUUUGUGCUCGUCACCCUGAGCAAACUCUUCAGCACCUAUGCUCCGCAGUGCAUCCCCUUCGUGUGGCUGAUGCUGGCCGGCCUGCGCAGUGUGGUGGGCCAGGUGAGGAGUGGCCAGACCCUGCGCAUCGCUUGUGCUGUUGUGAAACAGUGGCUGGAUGGAUUGAAGAUUCACUUGUCCUCUGGAAUGCAAUGCCCCUGGCCUGCCAUGGAGAAAGAGCAGAUCUAUGAGAACCUUCACGAGCUGCUCUUCUCUGUGCUGAGGAACUGGCAGGACUGCCAGGAGGAGGAGGUGAGCCUUGCUGCACUCCCAACCCAGGAUGGCAGCAGGGGUACCCAUGUCAGCAGCUCUGUGGGUGCCCAGUGGGCUGACAGCCGAGGAGUGAUGAGAGGGAGUGGGCUGGCUCUGCAAAGGGCCCUGAAAUGGCUCUGUGCCAGGGAGCAGCUGCAUGUCACAGCACUGUGGUAGGGAGA